AUGGGACUAAUUUUAAAUGAUGCUUAUGUUCACCUUGCUUUUAUCUCAUUAAUCAUGUUGAUUUCAUUUGUUUUAUUGCGUAGGGGAAAACAUUUAAAUCUGAAAGAACCUCCUCUCGUACCUUACAAAUAUCCAAUCAUUGGUCACACAAUUGAUUAUUAUAAAGAUAACGAGAAUUUUAUCAAAAAAUGUCAUGCAGAAUACGGGGAAAUCUUUUCAUUAUAUUUGUUUGGUAAAGUUCAAACUUUUGUUGGUAAAGAACUUUUUCCUGAAGUUUUCAGGAAUCACAAUGAUUUUUGUUUUAAUGAAGCUGGCAGAGAGAACUUUCCACUUGAAAACUUUUUGAAUCGUCCAAACGAAUUCACUGAUACACUUCCUAGAAUGGUUCAAAUAAAUUUAUCUGGGCAGAUAAAAUUAUACACAGAACGAGUUCAGAGGCAACUAAUUAAAUCUAUUGAUGAAAUGAUUGAAAAUGGCAAGUUAUUCAAUUUAUUUGGUAAAGUUUUUGUUACCUUCGAUAGUUCGACUACCCAAUUAAUCCAAAUUAUAUUAGUUUUAGAACCUCCUUUAAAAUUCUUUCAAUUUAUCAUUGCAAAACCGAUUGCUGCUACUAUGGUCGGUGAAGAGUUAUCUGAUGAUAAAGAAUUGGUGAAUUCGUUUGCUAAUGUUACAACAGAUUUUAUUCCCUUCUUAUCUAUUACACCUGUUUUGAACUUUAUUCAUCCUUAUUUGCAUCAGCAAGUAAUGAUAAUCGUGUUUAAAUAUUUAAACAAUCCUUUUAAAAUGCAUAGAGAAUUGAUUAAAAAAAAGAUUACACCCGUGAUUGAAAAACGGUUACGUGAAAUGAAAGAAUCAGGCGAUAAUUACGUUUCUCCGAUUGAUAUUUUACAACGAUAUACUGAAUUAUUACAUAAAGAUUAUACUAUUGAUAUUGAUGUUGUAACUGAUAAUAUGAUUAUCUCCAUCUUUGCUUCUGUGUAUAAUACUUCUAAUUCUCUUACAUUCUGUCUACAUGAAUUGGUAAAUAAUCCACAAUUUCUUAAAGAAAUAUUAGAAGAACAAAAGCAGUUAUAUAAAAGUAAUGAAAAAUCUUAUUAUUCUACCGAACAAAUCGCUAGAAUGGAGAAAUUAGAUAGUUUUAUUAAAGAAACUCUGAGAGUAAAUGUAAACAAUGUUGCAUUGCAACAUAAAACACUUUCUUCUUAUUUUACAUUUUCAAAUGGAUAUCAAGUUCCAAAAGGUCGACUUGUUAAUAUUCGUUUAGGAGAAGUUCAUUUUGAUAAAGAAUUGCAAAGUCAAACUGCUGAUGAAUUUAACGCGUUUCGAUACUUGAAAAAGAAUUCACCAGCAACACGUGCCGACAAUAGUUUCCUAACAUUUGGUUUAGGAAAACAUACGUGUCCAGGAAGACACUUUGCUGUUAACGAAAUUAAAGUUGCAUUACAUUACUUAUUGUUAAAUUAUGAUAUUAAAAAGUCUACUAGUGAAAAGAUUAAACCAAAAAUUUAUGGAUCUUUUAAAUUUCCUAGUGAUGAAGGGUUAAUAUUUGAAAAAAAAAGUGUGUAA